AUGCGAAAUGGAACCUUUGUUAUUCCCAGCACCGGAGAGCGAUCGAGAAAGCAGUUCACGCUGCGCACGUCGGCGACAGCCAACACCCGCGCGAGCAUCAUCAACCGAUAUACCGAAGCCGAGACGAUAUGCGAACAGUGUGCCGCGGCGGUCGACGACGGCAAAUCAAGGGCGGUCGCCCUCUGGUACUGGCUAUACUCGGAUCAGGGACACCAGGUCCUCAAAUGCACCUUUGCUUACGUGCUCGGCAGCCUGGCCACCUUUGCGCCCCUCCUUGCCAACUUUCUCGGCGACCGCGAUGGAAAGCACAUCGUCGCCACCCUGACCGUCUUCUUUCACCCCGCGCGAACCAUUGGAUCUAUGAUCGAGGCCAUCCUGGUCGCCAUCGCCGCCGUCAUAUGCGCCAAUGUAGUAUGCGUGCUCAGCAUGACUAUUGCUGUCCUCUCGCGAAAGCAGCUCGACUCGGUAGCCCCGGCUCAUGCCCUCAUUCUUCUCAUGGCGGUCGGUGGUGGGCUUGGUUUCAUCGCCUGGGUGAAGCAGAAGUUGGACCAGCCACUCGUCAACGUUGCAGCAACACUCGCGUCCAUCGCAAUCAUAUCCAUGGUUACCAAGGACGACUCCAUUCAAUACGGCUACUUCUCUGAUGACAGAAUAGUACAGGUCCUUAAGAUGCUUCUCAUUGGAAUUACCUUCAGCGCAGCCGUCAACAUGCUAGUAUGGCCAGUGGCGGCGCGACAAAUCCUGCGCAAAUCCAUCAUCACAGCAUCUUCCACUCUCAGUGACCGACUUUCUUUCGUUACCAGGGGAUUUCUCAUCGGCUCAGAAGAGGAGGUUAAUUCUACCGAAUACCACCGUGUUUCCAAGUCUUACACGGCCGCUUAUAGCCUCAUGACGUUGACACUGCGCGAAGCCAAGCUGGAGUACUACGUCAUCGGCCAGGAACGAAUAUACCAGUACGACAAACAACUCGUCAAGUCCCUGGACGCGGUAUCACAAGCAAUUGGCGGCUUGCGAAGUGCCUUGAAUACACAAUUCACUCUUCUCAGAGAGGGUGUCGCAGCCUUGACAGAGAAUCAAGACACGACGAUAGCGGACGGCGCUCUACCCUCACCCAAGCCGUCCGGCAGAGCAUCAUCGCUCAUGGAUGUCGUGGAGCGACUUUCAGUCAUCGAAGAGGCUGAAGAACCACGAAGCAACCCAAACUCCCGAUCCGACCCUACUCAGGAUUUGAUAGCAACUUUCCGUGUGCCUUCUGAUAUAUUUGCGCUCUUCAUGGCCCUGCUAGGGCCUUCAAUGAAGUCUCUGGCCUAUACAUUAAUCGAGAUUUUGCGCGAAUCUCCUUUUGGAAAAGAUAUAGCGAAUGAUGUGGCUAUGUCGGAACAGCUACGAGAAUCGCUCCGAGACGCUCUGAGCCUGUACAACUCGGCCCGAAGUCGUGCUCUGCAGGAGGUGUAUAAAAGCAUGGAACUGGGACGUAUCCGAUCCGAGGCUAUCCGAGCAGACAUUGAAGAAGUCGCUGCUGCCUGCGGACACUUUUCCUUUAGUUUGCUUGCUGUUGCAGAAGCCAUGGAUUCGUACCUAGACGUGUUAGAGGAGCUCAGACACUCGACCGAGACCGUAGACAGGAGCUGGAACUGGCUAAAGUUCUGGCAAUAUAGAUGGAAGCCGCAAGAUGCAGCAAGCGAAGACCCAGAGCGAGAACCCCUGCUCACAAGAACACAGUCUGGAAUUCGUCGGUCCGCCCUGCCCAAGGGCAUCCCCAACUCCAUGAAGAAGCAGCGCGACAAUUACCACUGGGAUGCCUCCUCGCAAUCGAGCAGCUGGGCUAGAAGUCUCUCGCAGCUGAUUCUCAAUGUGUUACGAUUUCUCUCACGAGAAGACGUUGUCUUUGGCAUCAAAAUUGCCAUCGGUGCAGUCCUUUGGGCCAUGUUUGCCUUUAUUCCCGCCACACGCCCCGUAUAUCAGAAAUGGAGAGGCGAAUGGGGACUGCUGUCUUAUAUGGUCGUUGUCGGCAUGACCAACGGAGCAUCGAACACGACUGGCCUCUCACGGCUCCUCGGUACCCUAAUCGGUGCCGUUUGUGCCUGCGCGGCGUGGAUCCUCAGCUUCGGCAAUGCCUACGCCCUUGCCAUUUUUGGCUUCUUCAUGGCUUUUGGCAAUUUUUACUUGAUUCUCAUCGUCAAGAAUGGCCCGCUUGGCCGCAUCUCGCUGCUAGCGUAUAACGUCAUUGUGCUCUACGCUUACAGUCUUUCGCAGCAAGACGACGACGACGACGAUGAAGGCGGCAGGAACCCCCUCAUAUUUGACAUUACCUACCACCGCGUCAUUGCCGUCACGCUGGGAAUCGUCUGGGGCAUGUUCUUCUGCCGGCUGCUGUGGCCCAUUUCCGGGCGGGCCAAGUUCCGCGAGGGCCUCGCGGUGCUCUACCUGCAGCUGGGCCUCAUCUGGAAGCGCGGGCCGCUGACCAUUCUCGUUGAGAGCGACAGCCAGCGCGACUACAUGGACGCCCGGGAGCAGGCGGCGCUGCAGCGCUACGCGUUUAAGCUCGAGGCGCUGCGCGCGUCGGCCAAGUCGGAGUUUGCGCUGCGCGGGCCGUUUCCCAGCAAGGCCUACAGCCGCGUGCUGCACGCGACCAAGCAUAUUCUCGACAGCUUCUACGCCAUGCACCUCAUCAGCGAGCAUCGCGGGUCCAUUUCGGCCGGCGAGCGCGCCCUCCUCGACUUUACCGCCAGUGAGCGCGUGCUGCUCUGCCAGCGCAUCAGCCACGUCUUUCAGGUGCUCGCCUCGUGCAUCAUGCUCGAGUACCCGCUCACCGAUGUCAUACCCACGAUUGAGAGCAACAAGGACCGGCUGCUCGGCAAGAUUCAUCAGUUCCGGCUCGACCACUCGCAGGCGCAGAUGGCCGGUGGCGGCGGCGGCGGCGGCGGCAGUGCUACUACCGACGGCAAGGCGAACGCCGUUACCGCACCGCCGCCAGAGUUGGCCGCGAGCGGCGCUACACCUGCGCAGCUCAGCGUCGAGGUCGAGGAAAAAGACUACGCGCUUGUGUAUGCGUACAUCCUGGUCACGGCUCAAGUAGCGGCUGACCUGCAAAAGGUGCGCGAAGAGAUUGAGAGCCUCUUUGGUGUGCUCCAUCAGAAUGACAUGUUGCUGGAGUAA